AUGGCUUUCAAGUCUGGCUGUUCAACCUUUGUGGUUGUGCUGUCGGCGAUUUCACUGGCCUUCCUUAUCAUUGCAACUAUUACCGCUCCGGCGACUAGCCUUUCGUUGGCCGAGGCUGAAGGGCUACGCUAUGGUGUAUUUGGCUAUUGCUACACCGCCAACGAUACGUGUGUCACUGGAGAUCCUUCCUACUCGGUGAGUGAUCUGACACAGUUGACUGACUGGACGAUGGAUGACAACGCUAGGGAUACGCUUGUCAAGAUCUUGAUAGUCACCCCCGUUGCUGCUGGAUUGACACUGAUAUCGUUGAUCUUCAACGCCCUGGGCCACUUUAGAGUGUUUGGAAGCUCAACCGUGUUCUAUGCCAUUGCCUUUGUCUUUGCGCUACUGGCCUUUUUCGCCGCUGCGAUCACGGUGAUUGUUACACUAUUGUUGUUCUACCCUCAUGUGAUGUGGCCUUCGUGGAUCCUCAUCGGCUCUGGUGUCUUGAACCUCGUGUCAGUGCCAUUGGUGUUCUUUGCAAUGAGAGCUGGUCCUCAUUCCACUGAUGACGACGACGAACAUGACGUUGACUUGGACGACUAUGACGGUAACAUUACAGAUUUGACCGAUGGCGAUAACUUCAAGAACAAUUCAUCGUUCAAGAUGAACGAUUUCUCAAGUAUUUCAAAGAAUGAUAAUUACUCAACAGAGAAAUUUUCAGGUCCUUCUGCGAUUAAGGUGGUUACAGACGACUCUUCAUUCAGUGGUAGUAACCAGGAGAAAGUCUCUAUGCAUGAUUACUCCAAGCCUAUUGACAUGGAAUCUCAAAAUUACAGAUCUUAUAGUUAUGGAACUGCAACGGGGACUGCAACAGCAGCAGCAGCAGCAGCAGCAGGCACCAUAGGAAAUACAACGACAUCGACGGCAGCUCAACCACAAUCUCAUCGUGCAAAUGCCGGGUUUCCUCCAGCUCCUGAGAACAACAACGCAUUGGAAGAAGGUGCACCAAACUUGGUUUCUUCUACAAAUUACAACAGAGGAGGUGCUGUUCGUACCGAGGCCCCAAAAUUCCAAUCCCAAUCCGCUAGACCUGAAUACAGUAUCACAACUGCAAACUCGUCUGCUGAAAUCUAUCCAUCUGCUCAGUACGGCGUGAGUGAGCUCAAUGCUUCCCAACAGCAGGUCUCUAACGAAUCAUCCGCACCUUAUCCUCUUUCUAGGCUUGACCAGACCGAUUCUAGUAACUUGAAUUCACUCAGGGAAGACGAUUAUAACGAAAUCAACGAUGAUGGAUCGGAUUUCACCUCUGUUUCACAGCGUGCUGCCAAUCCAAGAUACUACAGAGGAAUGCAGUCCAAUGGGCCAUCACUCUUCCAGAACCAACAGCAGCUUCAAGAUGGUGCACAGAUUGCUGGUGACUACCAACAAAACUAUCAACCAUAUUCUAAGGGACAAGCUCAGCACGGACCUUCUCAGUAUGGACCUUCUCAGUAUGGACCUUCUCAGCACGGACCUUCUCAGUAUGGACCUUCUCAGCACGUGCCUUCUCAAUAUGGACCUUCUCAGUACGUGCCUUCUCAAUAUGGGCCAGCUCAAUCUGGACCAUCUACCCAAUAUGUACCGCAACAACAGUUCUCAGGUGUACCGCAACAGCAGCAACCACAACAACCACAACAACCACCUCAAGUUGAUGCUUCAGAUUACUUGUUAUCUCAUAAUCCAGAUUUCCAAGUUGGGGGAUCUGCCUACCCAAAGCAGUCUGCAAAGAAAUCUAUGGGAAUUCCAUCAUCCUCUGGUGGUUAUCGCCCAGCCUAUAAGAGACUCCAAAAUUCUUCAAAGGGUCUACCUGCGGCAUCAUUGUCCAAUGAUAGUCCUUACAACAUUCGUUAA